UUGACAAGCGCGGUGAUGACGCCGCGGAGGAGGUUUAACCAACGGGGACUUUCUCUGCUCGGUUUCCUGUCAGAGAGAGAGAGAGAGAGAGAGACAAAGGUUCUCAGCCAGAUAUACCUCCUCAUAUAUCCAGGACGCUGCGCUUCGCUCCAGACGCAUCUUCAAGUCGGAGCUCCGGAGAGAAACCAGCUGCGUCCUGCACCGUCCGCCGGUCCGGGACUCCAAGAAACCGCGUUUAGAACCACGCAACAGGGGAACAAUGAAGAUGCUGCUUCCUCUGGUAAUCCUUCAGCUGCUCCUGGCUCCUGCUUUAACGGUGCCUGGUGGAGAUUACUGGGAGUCCUGGGGUCCUUAUGGCGAAUGCAGUCGCAGCUGUGGCAGCGGAGUGACCAUGAGAACCAGACGCUGCAUCACUCAGAGGACGGAUGGAGGACACAACUGUGUCGGACCAGAUAAGUCCUACAGAUCCUGCAACAUCCAGGACUGCCCAGAGGGCUCAAAGGAUUUCCGUGAAGAACAGUGCUCACAGUUUGACGGAACGGACUUCCAGGGGAAACGCUUCAAGUGGCUGCCCUAUUAUGGAGCUGAGAACCCCUGUGAGCUGAACUGCAUGCCAAGAGGAGAAAACUUUUACUACCGCCACCGCAGCGCUGUGGUCGACGGGACGCCCUGUCACCCAGGAAGGAGGGAUAUUUGUGUGGACGGAGUCUGCAAGCGCCUCGGCUGCGACAGCAUUCUGGACUCUCCUCAGCAGGAGGACCCUUGCCUGCAGUGUGGGGGCAACGGACAGUCCUGCUACCAGGUCAAGAACAGCUUCAACGUACCAGACCUGACCACUGGCUACAACCAGAUGUUCAUCAUCCCUGUUGGAGCCACAACCAUCAGCAUCAGGGAGACUGUGGCCACUCGGAACUACCUGGCCAUCAAGAACCUGCGUGGGGAGUACUACCUGAACGGACACUGGGUGAUUGAGUUUUCCAGGUCGACUCCCAUCGCCGGCACCGUUCUGCACUACCAGAGAGGAGCUGAGGGCGACAACGUACCCGAAAGCAUCAUCGGCCGCGGACCCACCACCGAACCACUGGUUGUUGAGCUCAUCAGCCAGGAGCCCAACCAGGGAGUGGAGUAUGAAUACUACCUUCCCAACGGACGCUCAAGAAACGGAUACUACUGGAGCUUUGGCUCUUGGUCUGCCUGCAGCAGAGAGUGUGGAUCAGGCUACCAGUCUCGGUUGGUCUUCUGCACCAUCGACAACGAGGCCUAUUCUGACUAUCUGUGCGCUUCUCUGCCAAGACCAGAGACCAACCGUACAUGCAACCCCCAUCCAUGCCCACAAGUCCGCAGGAUGGCGUACCUGUAUCCACCACAGUUGUGGAGAUCCUCAGAGAGAUCCAGAGCCUUUGUGUUCAGCUGGAAAACCGGUGAGUGGAACGCCUGCUCCGUCACCUGUGGCGGAGGCUCUCAGGUGCGCAGCGUUCAGUGUGUUUCCCAUGAUGCAUCGGGCCCCCGCGUGGUGGAAGACGCCGUUUGCGCCGCCUACGCCGAAGCUCCUCCCACUCUGCAGACCUGCAACAUGCACAAAUGUGCCGAGUACCGAGUGACCGCAUGGAGCGCCUGCUCGGUCACCUGUGGUCCAGGUGAGCAGACCAGAGAGGUGACCUGUGUGGGUUCAGGAGGGAUGAGGCUGGAGGAAGCUUCCUGCAGAACUCUGCUCCGUCCGUCCUCCGUCCAGCCCUGCCAGAUGUCCGUCUGCUCCAGACAGAUCAGCUGGCAUGUGGGACAGUGGGGUCUGUGUUCUCGUAGCUGUGGUUCCGGCUCUCGGGAGCGUCAGGUGAUCUGCUCGGACCAGGAGAGGAACCUUUAUCCUGUGGAUCAGUGCAACGCCCAACCGAAACCCACCGCAGUGGAGCGCUGCAACUCCCAGCCCUGCUACAGCCCACAGGUCGUCCCCAGCCUUCAGGACCCUCGAGGACACGACAGCAGUCAGACUGGCUUCCAGCUAUAUGUGCCGGAUCACGCGACAGUCCGCAGACCCGACACGAGGGAUCCCACCCAGACCAACACCGUCCAGGACCCCCACAGCUCGGCUCCGGCUCUCCACUGCAGUCAGUCUUAUUACGGCUGCUGCCCAGACGGACGGACCUCCGCUGGGGGCCCUCAGGGUCUGGGCUGCCCUCAAGCUCCGGCUCCGGCUCCCGUUCAGCCGUCCUGCAUCCAGACCAGUUAUGGCUGCUGCCAAGACGGUGUGACGGCGGCUCAGGGCCCCAACAGGGAGGGAUGUGUGGAGUACGUGGCCCCGGCACCCACUGCCGCUCCUUCUCUGCCCACUGAGAACGCCGUUCAGUGCAGAACCACCACUUACGGCUGCUGCUACGACCGAACUACACCAGCAGAGGGACCCAACGGAGAAGGCUGCCCCGACCCGCCCAACCACACUGAGCGAUCCAUCUGCUCCCUGCCCCAUGCUGCCGGCUCCUGCAGCAGCUGGGUGUCCCGCUACCACUACGACGUCAUCACCUCCAAGUGCGUGCAUUUCUGGUAUGGCAAUUGCCACGGCAACAGCAACAACUUCAUGACCCGGGCCGAGUGCCAGAGGGCGUGUCCACUACCUUCACCCAGCCAGCAGGGACCGCGACCGGGAACUCCCGCUAGAGAAUCCACCCCCGGAAGACCCACAUCUGGAGGACGGGGCACCGCCGGAGCAGGAGCUUCAUCCGGAGGUCGCGCCUCAUCUGGAGCAGGUGCAACAUCUAGCGGACGUGGCACAUCUGGAGCCGGCACCCCAUCUGCCGGAAGAUCCACCGCUGGAGGGUCGACUCGCAACAUGGGGAGGGUCUUCACCGUCCAGGGCGGCUCCACCAGCGGCUCCAGCAGACAGGCCACCAGCGCCGCCACACAUGCCCACAGAGCCAGAGUCUUCAUGAGGACCCGCCGGCCUUCACCCGCCACAGCCGCACAGCACACCGGUCAAGCUGCGAGUUUGACCUUAGAAGGGGUGUCCAUCGAUAAGUCCGACCCCUCCACCGUGGAAGCGUUGGUCGGCCAGACGGUGGUGUUGCCCUGCAGGGUCAGUCCUCCGCCGUCGUCCACCGUCAUCGUGGAGUGGAGAAGAGACGGCAUCCCUCUGUCCAACCACAGGCAUCACCAGCAGCCCAAUGGUUCCCUGUUGGUCGGUCCUCUCAUCGUCUCAGACUCCGGUUGGUUCCUCUGUGUGGCCACUCGAGUACGAGAAAGAGAUCAUCGCUACAUCUACCUGUCAGUUUCAGAAGGAUCGUCUCAGAUUCUUCCCACGUCGCUGCCCAGAGACGGUCCGCUCCCCAGGUUCAGUAUCGAGCGUUCGAGCUCCUCCAUGGUGGAAAUGCGAGCAGGACAAACCGCCAGACUGAGCUGCAACAUCGUCCCUCCUUCAGCUCUGCAGUCGGUCAACAUCCAGUGGACUAAAGACGGACAAACCCUCAGUGACCCCAGGUUCACUCAGCACUCAGACGGGACUCUGAUCAUCGGCCCUCUGAAGUCUGAAGAUUCUGCUGUUUAUACGUGUACGGUUUCUAACCAGCAGCAGCUGGAGCAGAGACAGCUGCAGCUCAGAGUCCAGGCCGACCUGCGCAUCACUACAGCUCCAAACAACAUCCAGGUGUCUGAAGGCAGCACGGCUCUGCUGCCCUGCGUCGUGUCCGGAGACGACGUCAACAUCGGCUGGUCCAGAAACGGCGUCCCGGUUCGUCCAGACGGUAAAAACAUCCUGAUGUCGUCUGAUGGCAGCUUGAUCCUGAACAACGUGAAGCCUUCAGACGAGGGAACCUACACCUGUAACGCCUACACCGGGAUCUACUCCGUCAGCGCCACGGCUGAAAUUAGAGUCAUCAAAGACACACAACAAGGAGUCGAUGUUCCUCCUGAAUGCGUCGACCAGCCUGAACUGGCCAACUGUGAGCUCAUCGUUUAUGCCCGGCUUUGCUCCAACUCGUAUUAUUCCAGUUUCUGCUGCGCCAGCUGCACCAGACACAGAUUACAGAAGAACGGCAGGUUCAGUCGAUCCGGAUAAGAAAUAAAGAACUGCAGGAGGAAGAGGAUGGAGUUUUUUUUUAUUGUUUUAACUCUGAACUGCUGCAUUUGCCAAAAGGACUCAAAAACCACUGACCAGGUUGUGCAGAAGCAUGACUGGAAAACAAAAAGGGACUGAUGACCGUAGAAGUAGAUGAACUAGGAGUCUGUUCAGGGAUGGAAACCACAGAAACCCUGUAAAAAGUCUGCUGAAUGUGAUGAGGAGAGGAAUUGUUCUCACUCUGCCACGUCUUUAAAAUAAGUUAUUCGCUCACUGGAACCUGCAUGUUCUCUGUUUUUUAGAGAAUCCUGAGGAUUUCCCUUUGAGAUUACUGAGUGAUUUCUGUUCUGUUGUGACCACUUCUGUGUUUUUAACGUUCGCCAAUACAGGAAUCACUUCUGGAGCUCUUAUGAAACCGUAUUUCCACCUCAUAUUGUUUAUUUUUAUGUAAUUAUUUGAUAUUAAAAGUCAUAUUUUGAUAAAAA